UUUAAUUCAUCAUUAAUGUUUUCAUUAGGCUGCAGGUACGUCAGUAAGGCAGCGGCAAAGACGCAGGUGGAGUUUGACUAUGAUGGACCCUUAAUGAAAACUACAGUCCCAGGGCCUCGAUCACAAGAGCUCACAAAACAACUGGGAGACAUUCAGAAUGUCGGUGCUGUCAACUUCUUCUGUAACUAUGAGGAGAGCAGAGGAAACUACUUGGUGGACGUGGACGGAAACCGCAUGUUGGACAUCUACACGCAGAUCUCCUCCAUUCCCAUCGGCUACAACCAUCCUGCUCUGCUCAAGCUGAUGGCCAACCCCAACAAUCUGGUACGUCCACAUGAAUAAGUUGACGUAUUGCCCAGAAAGCAG